AUGCUUCCUCCAUUCGACUACUUUACGUACCGGCGAGUACGCAACCAAAAGCAGGCUGAGCGUGCUGCUCGCUUUGCCUCGUUGCCGUACCCGUAUCAUACCAGCUUCACCGACACCGAUAAGAAGAUCAUCGACCAGCCCAUUGAAGAGUUGGUCCGUGAUGUUCAGGAGUCAAAUAUCUCCCCCUUGACUGUGCUGCAGGCCUACGGAAAGGUUGCGGUGAAAGCCCAGGAACGCACCAACUGUAUCACCGAGCUACUCCUGCCAGAGGCAGAGUCAUGGCUCGAGUCGGAUAUUAACUUGAAGGGUCCCUUGGCGGGUAUCCCGGUCUCGGUGAAGGAUUCUAUUCAAGUCAAGGGCUUUGAUACUACCCUGGGUUACUCGGCGCUGGCGAAUAAGCCGUAUCAGGAGGAUGGCCCGUUGACUCGGCUAUUGAAGGAUGCCGGAGCUGUGCCGUAUGCAAAGACUGCUCUUCCCAUUACGCUGCUCUCUUUUGAGUCUGCCAAUGGUCUCUGGGGCCACUGCCGCAAUCCCCAUGUCCCCGAGUACAGCCCCGGUGGUUCAACUGGCGGUGAAGCCGCUCUUCUCGCUCAAGGCGGCCGGAUUGGUAUCGGCUCCGACGUUGCGGGUUCGGUUCGAGUGCCCGCUGCUUGGAGUGGUAUUUACUCUCUCCGCUGCAGCACUGGCCGCUGGCCCAAGGCCGGCGUGCACACCAGUAUGCCCGGUCAGGAGGGUGUUCCCAGUGUCUUCAGCCCGAUGGCACGCACCCUCAACGACCUCACAUACUUCACCAAGGCGAUCGUUGGCAUGCAGCCCUGGAAGUACGAUCACACUGUCCAUCCCAUCUCAUGGCGGAAGGAGCUGGUAGACGAAGCGCAGAGCAAGUCCCUCCGUAUCGGUCUCAUGAGCACCGACGGCGUCGUCCCUCCCACCCCAGCCAUCGAACACGCCCUCUCCGCCACCGUCGCCGCCCUAACCGCAGCCGGCCACACAAUCACCGAAAUCACACCCCCCGCCAACGCAUCCCCCUUCACCGGCCUCAACCUCGCCUCCCAACUCCUCAACUCCGAUGGCUGCCACCACUUCAACACCAAUCUACGCAGCUUCGAGCCCUCCGACCCAGGCGCCAACCAACUCUCCCGCAUCGCCCACCUCCCCAAGCCUCUCCGCUACCUGUACUACCUGUACGUGCAGUACAUCAAGCGCGACACCGUCCUAGCAACCCUAAUCAAAGACUUCGGCCCCAAAUCCUCCGCCGCGCUCUGGCUGCUCGUCGCACAGCGCGAAUCCUUCCGCGCAGCAUGGCAUAAAUGGUGGGACGCCGCACCCCAGCAAUUCGACUUCAUCCUCUGCCCUGCCAACGCAACCCCCGCGCUCCCGCACAAGGCCAUGCAUGACGCCGUUUCGUCCUGCGGGUAUACUUUCCUCUGGAACCUGCUGGAUUACUCGGCUGGCGUUGUGCCCGUGGGACACGUCGAUGCGGUCCGCGACGCGCUGGUCGUGCCGUAUAAGACGGCUUUGAAGCGGGUGGGUUGUGAUCAUGCCGUUGCGCGCGGUGCGUGGAAGCAUUAUGAUUCCGGGAAGAUGGCUGGCUUGCCUACCGCUGUACAGGUUGUUGGGAGGAGGUGGCAGGAGGAGUCGGUGUUGGGGUAUAUGGCGGCUGUGGAGAGGGCGUUGGAGGAGUAUAAGGAUCCGAAGACGGGGGUUAGUUGCAAGUAUACUUUGUUAGAGAUUGAUUAG